AUGCCCAAUUUCUCCGGGAACUGGAAGAUGAAGCACUCGGAGAACUUCGAGGAGCUGCUGAAAGCUUUGGGCGUCAACGUGAUGCUGAGGAAGAUCGCGGUGGCCGCGGCUUCCAAGCCGGCCGUGGAGAUCAAGCAAGAUGGCGAGACCUUCUAUAUCAAGACCUCCACCACGGUGCGCACCACCGAGAUCAACUUCAAGAUCGGGGAAGAGUUCGAGGAGCAGACUGUGGACGGGCGUCCCUGCAAGAGCCUGGCCAAAUGGGAAAGUGAGAACAAAAUGGUCUGCGAACAAAGGUUGCUGAAGGGGGAAGGGCCCAAGACCGGCUGGUCCCGGGAAAUGACCAAUGAUGGAGAACUCAUUCUGACCAUGACAGCCGACGACGUGGUCUGCACGCGGAUCUACGUCAGGGAGUGA